AGGAAUUUUCGUUUUUUUCCCCGGGGAAAUAAACCAAACACCACGUCGUCGACCUCUGUGCCUCGGUGUACAGUGUAGUUCGAAGAAAAAGCUCAAAACUAGAAACAACCUAAUUAGACCAAGCAAGCCUUGUUCGCUGCUUUGUUGUACUCUGGAGGAAUAAACGAGGACAAAAAACCCAAAAUCAUGAAGAAGUUUGCGAAGAUCGGAGCGGCCGGUUCUGGCCUGCUGCCGCUGGCGGGCGAGCAAAUGUUUGCGGCGGCGGUCCAGAAAGCCGGGAAGGCGACCCACGAAUGGGCUGGGAGCGAGUCCUCGGCCAAGGGGUUCAUGGAAGUGGAUCGCGUGCGCGUGGAUUCGUCCAAGGGCAAGAUAUGGAGGUGGAAUAUCACUUUCACUUUCUGCGCCAAGAACAUGAAUCGUUGCAUCGGAGAAGAUGAUAUGUACUGAAGCAUAUUAAGUUUAACUUUAUUUCUGCAAGGAAUGGUAGAUGUUAAUCACUUUCGAGAGUGCCACUGAGAGUGCGUACUGAGAGUGCGUACUGAGUACUGAUAGUUGAGAGCGCUAGCCUCCAGGCGCCUUCCGUUGGAGUUAAGAUGUUUCUCCUGAUCGCAACUUUUUGAUUGCGGCUUACCUACACCCUGCGACCUGACUGCGGCACUUCCGACGUUCCGGCUGCCUCGAGCGCUACGGCGCGUCGAGGAUGGCCGUUGACAGCGACGUCACGAUGCAGGAGAGCGCAAUGGCAAAUGCAACGGCGUCGUCCUCCACCACGUUCCCGGCGUUCGGUGGUGCGGACGAAAACAACAGCUACACCGGCAGGAAACAAGUCUACAGUGCUACGCUCGACAGCAGUGAUGUGGAGCCUGCUGGUCUGAACUGCCUCCUCCCUGGCGGAUAUGUACUGGGGCAGAUCUUGAAUCUCGGGCGGGACCCCAAGACGAAAGCAGUGACCAACGGUUUUUUCUGGGUGCAGCCCCUCCGCGCGACGAGAAUCGGGGAGUGGAGAUCGGAGCGGACCGAACGGGGCUGGUUCAAGGGCAUCUACUCGACAAUCGGCAGCGUUAAGUACGGACAGCGACCGAGCGAACUGCAGCCGGGCGCCCAUGUGAAGUUUGUUAUCGACACGUACAAGCGGAGGAACCCGCUCACCGGGGAGCAGCACUGGUCCUGGAUUGCGCGUGACGUCCAACUCGUAACGGAAACCGGUCAGCCGCUCACCUUUGCAGAACCGACGCCCGCGCCGUGGCGUAACGCCCAGGCUUUGCAGGAGGGCGGUACGUUUCCUGCUUUAGGCGCCAACCCCGGCCGCGACAACAUGCUUACGCGGGACGAGGUCCGGGUGCUCAUCGACGAAGCAUUGGCGGCCCGCGACGAGGAAUUCGAACAGAUGAAGGCCAAGGUCGAGGACCAGGGGGCGAAGAUCGACGCGGCGACCUCCGGCAUCGAAGCGGCGCGGGACCACUUCUCGACCUUACAGGGACAAUGUGAUACGGAGUUUGCCACGCUGCGCGAGGACAUGCUCACCACGCGCGAGGAAUUGCAGAGGAGGGUCGGGGCUUGUGAGAACCACAUCGAGGGGUUCAAGGUCGAAGUUAACGCCCAGCUCCAGGCCAUGAUGCAGUCGAUACAGACAGGGAUGAGUCAGGUAAUAAAUGUUUGUAACGCACUCCGCAAUCCAUCGCUCGAGCCGGCGAGGCCUCCGCCUACGAAUGUGGAGGUGGUCACCGAGCAGAAGAGCCAGAAUAACGAGGUGGCCAAUCACGACAUCGUGCUCGAUCCAUCUCUAGUUCGAGUUGCGGGUCGCAAAGCCUACAAGACCUCACUCUCCUCGACCGGAAGCACGUACGCAGCAAAUAUGACGAACACCUAUGGCAAUGGCGCUAAGUACUUCCCUAUCCAUGCGCAUCACGAUCUUCAUGACUCCUCUAAAAUCACAGAUAUCGCUGUUCGGGAAGAAAGGCGCUACGCUGGGCAUGAAGGGAGCGGUGGGCGGACCGGUGGGAGCCCAGGCCUCGGCAGCGACGGCAGCCCCGCCACAACUCGUAGUACCGCCGCAGGAACCGAGGCCGGGAAGCGAGCAAGCAGCGGAUCUGGACACCGGUCCCCCCGCUUCAAAGCGGCAGCGGGACGACGGUGUGGACAAGAACACGGAGGAUUCGCGCGCGAAGCGGACGGUGCCGGUGCUGGGAUCGGGAGCGGCGGCUGCCGCAGCAUCGAUGGCUGCUGGCGCUACGGCGACGGCGUCCCGCUAGGCGGAGUUGUGGUCGACUUUCUCAUUGUUCUCUUCUGCCUCAUUACUUGGAGCUGGGUCACCACCUUUCACCUUCUCGCGCCCUUGAUCCAGCUGCUCACCCUGCCCUCCGUUUAUGAUUUCGCUCGACAUCUUUUUUAUCACCGGAAAUUGCUCUACAACGUUCUCAGCGACAUCUACAGUUUUGGAACCGAAGCAGUCAAAAUUUGUGCAAGAUCUUCUACAUGCACAUCUCCAGUAGUUUUCUCACGAGCAGUAUUUUUUCAACCCGGCAUUACCGACCCAGAUCGGAGAUCUCGCAACUGCAUCCCGAAGGGAGUUGUAUUUUUUCAGCACGGCGCGGAGACAAAGGGCUCCAGCACCUGCGCAGACGGAUUUGCGGGCUUUCUCUUACGCACCGGGGCCGCUUGCUGCAUUGUGGCGGCGCUUGAAUUGAAGAUAAAGAUGAGCUACUUUGUUGGAAUCGCGAACACAUCACUGAAGCACUGUGGCCGUUUUUUGACGAAUGUUUGGAAGAAAUGCAGCACUCUGUUUCGCUCGUCUCUCGGAAAAGCAAAGAAGAAGUGCCUACGGAAGAAUAAGUUGUUUGAAAUUCGCCGCGCAAAUAGAAGUUCCUGUGUUCGACAUGCUGUGAAGGUCGUCGUCGGUCUUGCGAGUGAGGGGAUAGCAAUGCAGCCGUCCAGCAGUGGCGGUGGCUUUCGGGUCUCGAAGUACAGCUUGCGGCUUACGAGUGGGCGCGCUUCCCGUCCAGCCGACUACGCAGCGGAGAUACGGCCCUCCUACGCGGAAACUGUUCUUGCUAGCCGCCAAGCACGACAAGCAAGGAAAGCCGCAGCAGGCUCGGCAGCAGAUGCGGACGCGGGGACUGAGGCGAGGGCGGGCCCUACCCCGCAGGACAACAAGAAGAAGGUGAACAGCGGGAAGACCUGUGACUACUCCCGUUUUGCGCACAAGCCUUGUGCCGACUACAACGUAUUCAAUGUGGGGCAGGCGGGCGACUGCGACAGCAUAGAAAUCACGACGCAAAAUGUGCGGGAGGCGGUGAUAGGGGUCGACGCUCGUGACCGCAUUCUGCAAAACGCCCCGGAGCGGUUCGGGGUCAUCGCCCUCUCGGAGACACGGUGGGGCAAGUCGGGGUGCGGGCUUGUCGGUGUCAAGCGCCUAAACGGGGAGAUCAUGCGGGAAGUCGGAGCAGCAAAUGAUGGCGCAGAUUCCUGCCCCGACCACCCCCCGCCCUGUUUCGCUGCGACGAAGGACUACGUGACGCGGGGGCGGGGAUACAUUGCCUGCCUUGGACCGGGCGCAGGCAUUGCAGUCCGCGGUGGGCCGGUGCUCGAUGAGCUCACCAGGUUGACCGACGAAGACCUCGCAGAAAAAUUCGAAGUACGGGAGCGAACUUGCACGGGGUUUUUCCGCAACUUCACGCUGUUCAGCGCCUACGCACCCGCUAAUGCUGACCCCGCUGACGUUUCAGCCUACCUGCGGGACCUUGGCAGGUACGUACGCCGUACGCUGCGGCGGAAGGGCCGCCGCGACCUUCCGUUCUUCAUCGCGGGGGACCUGAACUGCCAUGUUGGGGCCGAGGUUUCCGGGUUUGCGGUCGGGGAGCACGCAUGUACGACGAAGGCCACAAGCCCCAAGGGGCACGCGCUGCUGCGGUUCUUGUCCAAGAACAACCUCCGCCUCGUUGAUUCGUUCUUCGAGAUUGGCGACAACGGCGACGACCGCUUUACCUUUUUUCGGGGGGAGCAGCGAUCCGAGGUUGACGGCUUCAUCACGGCUGGCCGCUUCUUGGGGCGGGUCCAGAAGAUUGAGCGGUGCGAAGUUCUACGCGACGAGACUACGCUACGGGAAGAUGGCACAACAGCGCUGGACCACUACGGGAAGACCAUCACGCUCGCGGUUCCCCGGGUUGACGUAGAGCACGGGGCGACGGGGCAAACACGGAAAGGGCAGAAAUGGGUCGGGGUUGUCCCGAUCACGCCGGAGAUACGGACCUUCUUCUCCGACCAGGUGCUGUCCACCCUGCGUUCCCAGACCGCUGCCAGCCAGUCCCCCGCCGACGGUAGUGAGGAAGCACCCACUGAUCCUGACGGCGAUGCGCCUUCGGGCCUGCAAAAGUUUCUGGAGGCGAUGUCGGAGUCAGAGGCAGUUUUGAUGGAAACUGGGCAGGAGCGGGCUCUCCGCAUUCGGGCCGACAAGAAAGAGCAGAAGCGCAUCCGCGAAGAAUGCGCCCCUGCUGCUGCAGCUGCUCCAGCGGGCUGCCCAUCGAAGCUCCGGGCGCUUUGGGCGCACAUCGGAGGGUGCAAGAAGCAGCGGGGUCCGUCGACUGCGCCGGGCGGCUGGGCGGAUUUCUACCUCACGCAGGUCGUCGCGAAGGCACAUCCGCACUGCAGUUUCGACGCCACAGAGUAUGUUGACCCGCUUCCGCCGAGCUGUGUGCAAGACCUUGAUCGGCCAAUCGACCUCGCCGAGUGGCGGAAGGCGCUGAAGGAGGUGCGGCCGGGGAACGACUCCCAAUCCUGGUCGAAGCAGGUCUUCGACGCGCUGGACGACACUUGCACGCAGAUCUUUUUAGACGAACUGAACUGCGAGCUUGCGGCCGGGUGGGGCCUCCAACGCGUCGAUCGCAAGUACCGGCGGGCCAGGAUCACGCUACAACACAAAUCGGGAGACAGGACUAAACUCACGAAUUAUCGUGGGAUAUCGGCGGUUCCGACGGUGACAAAAGUGCUCGCGCACUGCCUCACGAAGCGGCUUCAGGCCGUCAUCGUCAAGCACGGCCUGAUAGAUCCCGAAAAUUUCGGGUUUGUUCCCGGGAGAAACGCAAGCGACGCCCUGGUGCUCUUCCGGCGCAUGCUUGAGGAUGCUCGCGACUUCCAGAGUCAUGAACAGUAUGCGGUCCCCUGGGGGCUGUUUCUUGAUUUAAGGAAGGCAUUCCCAUCAUUGAGCUGGGAAUGUGUCACGUCGGUCAGCGAUCGGCUCGGGAUUUCGCAAACACGCACCUGGGCAGGGUUGUCGGCCUGCCACCGCGACGUAUGGUGCCAGGAAGCGCGCGAGCAGGAAGAUUUUAUUCUUCCGAUUGGACUCCAAGAGGGUUGUCCGUCAAGUCCUUGCAUGUUUACACUCACGUAUGCAGUGGUAUCCGAAUCGAUGCGGCGCGCGCGGGCAGUAAUUCCACCGGAGCAGAAGAACCUCGACAAUGCGGGCCUUUUGUUGCGCUACCCCACGGACAGUUCCUACGCGGCAACAGAAAAGGAGAAGCUGGAGAAUUUGCUGAGGGCGUCGCAGGCGAGCAAGCGGGGCGAGAGACGGGUCGGCAGCGGGAAGUUCGCCGACGACACCAACCUGGUUGGCGAAUCGUUAGGAGGGCAGCCCAAUGCGGACGUGAUCCAGGCCACACUGGAUGUUUUGGCAUCUGCGCAGAUGGAGGAGAACCUCUCGAAACGUGAGAUGGGGCCGCUGGCGGAGCAGAUCUGCAAGUUUCUCGGAGUGUACUUGUGCGACUCCCGUGACAUGCAGCAACGGAUCAACAGGGGGUGGCGGGCGUACUACGGCGCGCAGCGCUUACUGGUCGGGUUCGGCAGGUUGUCCGCGAAGCAGCGCCGCGCGAUUCUCGUAUCGCUCGUUCGGGGGACAAUGUUGUACGGCGCAAACGGCAGGAACUUUUCUUCGAGUGAGCUCGCAACGCUGCAAAAAGAGGAGAGUGCGAUACUGCGCCGCGUCUUCAACACGUGCCGGCCGCAGAUGGAGGCCGAAAAUUUGUCCCACCACACGCUCCGCCGCCACUUGGAGCUUGCGCCGAUCUCUGCCGAGAUUGCGUUUGCACGUCUUGCACACGGUGGCCACCUGCUACGGCGGGACCCCUCGUUUUUACCCCGACAGGCCUUCCUGGGCAGGUUCGUCAUCAGUAGCGCCAACCCCGACAUCACCCCGGACGCGAACCCCGAGCAUUUCUUGCUACCCCGUCGGCCAUCUCGCCUGCCCUCCGUGUAUGAGGCGUUUGUGGAUGCGUGUGCGGACGCGCGCAUAGCUACGAGCGACUUUGGGGAAUUUUCGCAGCCGGACUCGCGCCGGAUUUGGUACGUCUCGACACGCUCGUGGUACAUCGACGCAACAAUGCGGCACUGGUUCUACCCGACUUGGCGCACUGCUAGAGCCGCAAAGCCGGAAGUAGAGUGCGCUUUCGCAAAUCUGUUGAAGCGCUUCGACGUGUCCCAGCAGGAGUACGAGCGGUACUACGAGCAUCGCCCGCCGGUCAACAACAGGCGCGCCGCGGGUCAGCCGACGCGAAGCGUCCAGCGACUUCGGGCGAAACAGGUGGAGCUCAGCACUGACACAACGGCGCGACAGGAGGAGAAGAUUAUUGCGGACUCGGGCGGGAUAUACGGGCCUGCCCCUGGUGAGGGCGGGGUGUUGCGAUGCAGAGCCUGCGACGUGAACCUUGGUGGGAGCCUCCGAGCACUGCGGGCGCACUUGAACUUGCACAAAGCGGAUGACUUCGCGCGUCUCGUGUCGGAGCCAGGAGAUUACUGCGUUCCGGUCGAAGAAUUUUUGCAUGGUAAGUCCGGCAAUUGUAUUAUACCACCGAAGUACACGAAUAAGAUGAAGCACGUUCUUCCACCGGAACGCUUCCUGCCUGACAACGAGGCGAGCAAGUUCAAGGUGACGCGGAUCCGAUGCCCGGUAUGCGCCAGCCACGAGGUCCCGUGGCCACGGAAGUACCAGCGAAAAAUCGGGGCGAAGACGAGGAUGCUGAACCACGAAAAGCAGUGCAAGAAGAAAAGGGCGCUGCAACUCGACAAAGAAACAGAUCGAGAUGCUGCUGACGCUGCUAGCUCUUCUGGAAGCGAAAACGAAGAUGAACUGGCCGACGGAGUUGAGGACGAAGAAUGAUCGCGAAAUGAGCACGAGGAAAAUAAGUUUUUGAUCGUAGACGGAUUCGCAAGUCGUAGCAUGUCGUGCUGUGCCCUGACUAAGACAUGCUCUAAACGUUGAACUUGAACCAGGUCCCAACCCAUUGCACGCUCCCCCCCCAGUGCAGUUAGAUGAUGAUGAUGAUGAUGAUUUCCAGCAACUUGUAUGGCCGUAUGUCCAUGUCGUACUGACGGCUGAUCUAGAUCUAGUAGCUUUUCGGCUAAAGCUGAGCAAAUGCAUCUGCAAUAUGCGAAAUUCUUUCAGUUUUGCACCACUGCGCUGUGCGACAGCAAGCUGUUUAGCAGUUUGGCGUGGAGUUUGAAGACAGUUUCGAUUUUGAUAAAGCAAGAAGGAGAAGUCGGAGGGGCACGCGAAGGCGGAGCGCAAGACGGGACAGGGGGAAAAGAAGGCGACGGAGGAGAAGAAGAAAGCGAGCGAGGCAAAGGCGAAAAGUGCGUCCUCUGGUCGUGUCGCCGCGGCCCAAGAUGGCACCGGAGGUGGACCGAAUCCUGACAAGGAUGUCGGCACCGAGGAGGCUUCUCUGGGUGGUUACGAAUCUUCGCACACCCAAGACCAGCAUGCCCAACCGAAGCAAGCUCUAG